UUGAUCCAUGCAACAUCUUUUGUGAUAUGGUAUCAAUUUUGCAUGACUGUGACAGUGACUGUGAAAUUGCUUUCAUCUUUUCUUCAUGUGUUGUUGUUAGCUUAGGGAAAGUGUUUGAUCAUCGGUUUAAGCCUUGUCAUCCUUUGCUUUUUUUAUAAAUGCUUCUUACGUGACUCUCCCUGAAUUGCACGAAAACACUGAUCUGAAGAUUGAUGACAACUAGUCUGGUUUGGGCAUCAAUAACAAAAAGAAAUUUGUGUAAUAUUUUGCUGGAAAAUAAUGGAAGCACGUUCUACUUUCUCCAUUGAAAGAUCAAAUGCAAGACAACUCAAUAACAUGGGGAUGUCUGGAGUAUUUUCUUCAUCCUUGCCGGUCCUUCCAACUCCCCUAGACGAGACAUGUCCCAAGUUUCCUGAUUCACAGCUGGCUUUUGUGGAACACGAGCUUAUGACAAGACCUUUUACUCAUUCAAGUUAUUUAAAUUCCGGUGGAGUAGUUGGGCCCAUUUUUUCAUCUUCCCCUGGAUAUUCAACCGAUCUCCAUCACUCAUCCCUUUCACAUCAUGAAAAACACUCUCGAAAUGCUCAUUUUAUUUCACAUUCAUCGACUAACAUAGUUCCAUUAUCAUAUUCUUCAAAUACUAGACCUCCAACUUCUACGACAUCAAACCAUUAUUCCAAAGAAAACAGUGCUUCCUGGCAGACAGAUUCCCUGGCAAGCUUUCUGGAUUUUCCUGCAAAUACCUCUAUUGAUAAUAGUCGGGCAGAAAGCAGUGCCCACAAUAUCAAGGCAUCUGAGGAGUAUUGUAAACAAAAUGAUUGGCAGGAGUGGGCUGACCAGCUAAUCAGUGAUGAUGAUACUUUGACUUCUAAUUGGAAUGACCUUCUUGCUGACAACAUUCAAGAUCUUGAGCCAAAGGUGCCAUUCCAGGUUUCAAAACCAUUAACGAAGUUUCCAGAACAUCAAUGCCAAGGCCAUCAACAACUUUCUGCUUCAUAUGGAGAAAAUUGCAUUGUUGCUGCCCCUUCUUCCCCAGCAAAUUCUGCUCCUGCCAAGCCACGAAUGCGUUGGACACCAGAACUUCAUGAGGCUUUUGUGGAGGCUGUCAAUCAACUUGGUGGGAGUGAAAGAGCUACUCCUAAGGGUGUGCUGAAGCUCAUGAAAGUUGAAGGAUUAACUAUAUAUCAUGUUAAAAGCCACUUACAGAAGUACAGGACAGCUAGAUAUAGACCGGAAUCAUCUGAAGGAGUCACGGAGAAAAAAGCAAGUUCCAUUGAAGAGAUGUCAUCUCUAGAUUUGAAAACUGGUAUUGAGAUUACUGAAGCUCUACGACUGCAGAUGGAGGUUCAGAAGCGGUUGCAUGAACAGCUUGAGAUUCAAAGGAAUCUACAGCUGCGAAUAGAAGAACAAGGAAGAUAUCUCCAGAUGAUGUUUGAGAAGCAGUGUAAACCUGGCAUUGAAACGUCUAAGGCACCAUCAUCUAACAUUGAGAGUCCAUCUGGAGAUUAUUUGAAUUUUACUAAAGAUUUUCCUGCCAAAAACGAAAUGGAAGCAUCACAAGUGGACCAUUGCAGGUCAGGACCUGAUCAAGCUAAUGACAGUACCACCGUUGAGGAAGGCUCACUGGAAAUGUGUGGGAAGCAUGAUUCUCCCAAAACUCAUCCUUCUGAGAAUCCUAUGCAAUAUGACAAUACUAUUAAUGAUAAUGAUCAAGCCCCGAAGCGUCAAAGAAAAGAUGAGUAAGCCAUAU